UGAUAACUUGCGCACUACCAACCAAACCGCUCCAUGCAAUUAGUCCAUCGCCGACAGUCGCCCGAAGACCAGCGAGCCAACGACCGGCUUUUCCAAGUAAUUCAAUCAAGUAUCGGUACGCCGACGCCGUAUUGUCAUCAAAUCGAAGUUUUAUUAAAUUAUCUAAAUGGCGCUGAAUAUCGGAUCAGUUCUCAUACUCGAUGGCGUGGGACAAAAUUGCGGGGAGAUUUUGGCGCAAAAUGGUAUUUAUGCUACUAAUACGGUUAAAAUUACCGAAGAAGAACUCCUGAGGACAGUAUCUGUAUACGAUGCCUUAGUGGUACGUUCCGCUACACAAGUGACAAAAGAAGUUCUGGAUGCCGGUAAAGAAUUAAAGGUGGUCGCUCGCGCCGGCGCCGGCGUAGACAAUAUUGACGUGGGAGCCGCCGCCGACAAAGGAAUCUGCGUUAUCAAUGCACCAGGCGCCAAUGCUUUGAGUGCUUGUGAGAUGACAUGUGGUUUGAUAAUGACUCUUACAAGACACAUAGUGCCAGCGGUAAGCGCGCUGCGCGACGGCCGCUGGGAACGAUCCAAGUACACCGGAACUGAAGUCAACGGCAGGACUCUAGCCAUCCUUGGUCUCGGCAGAGUCGGCAGGGAAGUUGCGGUGCGCAUGCACGCUUUUGGAAUGAAGAUAAUCGGAUACGAUCCGUUUGUAACCGCGGAGCAGUGUAAGUCAUUCCAUUGUACCAAGAUGGAGUUGGAUGAAAUCUGGCCGCUGGCUGAAUACAUCACCCUGCAUACUCCGCUCAUUGAAUCCACGCGCAACUUCAUCAAUGCUGAUGUUUUCAAACGUUGCAAGAAGGGCGUUAAGAUAAUAAAUGUGGGCCGCGGCGGGCUUAUCAACGAGAAAGACCUUUUAGAUGCACUCAACUCCGGACAGGUCGGUGGUGCGGCCAUUGAUGUAUUUGAACAGGAGCCACCGACUGACCCUCUGACGUGGCAGAUCAUAAAGCAUCCGUCUGUUAUAGCAACACCCCAUCUAGGUGCGUCAACAAAAGAAGCCCAAUUGCGCGUAGGACAAGAGAUAGCGGAACAGCUUGUCAAUCUGGCUAAGCCAGGCACCUACGCAACUCCUCUAGCUGAAGUGACCAGCAUAUUUAAGAAGUAAAAGCAUUCGCAGCAACUUACAUUCCAUUUUCAUUCCCUAAAUAUUGUCACGAUUUUAUAUAAU